AUGUCUGAGGAUAAAGUAGUUGCUACUGAUAUUUUACUAGAAUUUUUGGAAGUAGCAUUUAAUCAUAUUCUGUACUUCAGAGAUUUAUAUCCUAAAGAAAUAUUUGUGAAGAGAAAAAUAUAUAGCACAAUUGUAUAUGUUUCUGAACAUCCAGAGCUCAACGAAUACAUAAAAAACGUGUUAAAUACAAUUAGAGAACUAAUAAAAGAAGAUGAAAAUAGUGUUAAAGCUGUGAAUCUAGUUUUUUACAACAAGAAGAAAAUGCCAAUUGAAAAAUUUGUAUUUGAUCUUCUUAAAUUGCAAGCAAAUAACACAGAAAAUGAUCCAUAUUAUUUAAAAACAGAAGAAUCUUUAAGAACAAUUUGCUUAAAAUUAUCAAUGUGUGAGUCUUAUUUGAAACCACUACCAGAAGACUCAUCCUUCUCCAUUGAAAUCCAGACAUAUGAAACUGCGCAUGUUACUUUAAAUGAGAAUCCUUGUUGUGAAGAUUUUCCAUGGAUUAUUGAUGAAAAUGCACUUGAAAUGACUAACAAAAAUUUACUUCCACUAAAAACUAUUAAAACAGAUUGUCUAAACUUACAAAUGUAUGUUAUUGAAGAUGAAAGCAAUAAAUAUACAGAUUAA